UAUCACCCUAUAAACAUCUGAGGUGGCCCUAGGAGGACCUUUGCGGCACAGCUGUCUCCCCACGACGUGAGGUUCCGGCCACCCCACCAUGAGGUUUCUAGUCGUCUCCAGGCUGCUCUGCAUCUUGCUCCUCUGCUUCUCCAUCUUCUUCGUGGAAGGGAGAAAGAAUUCUAGUCAUCUUAGCAAGCCCAGGAAACGCAGGCUCUGCUGUUCCCGAGUUCCUAGCCCUGCCCUGACGACCCAGAAAGAUGAGGAGCCAAAGCACAGAGAGGUUAAGUCACUGGUUGAAGGUCACCCAGCUGGGCGCCACGUGAAGAUCUGCAGACUGUGUAAGUUCAAGCCAGAGUCCCGCAUUUGGGUGGUACCUGGGGCUCUCCCGCAAGUUUAAUACUCUCCAGACAAGGCUGAACACAGCUGAGACCCUCAUGCCCAGUGCCCGAGGCAUCCAGAAGUCUCAGGUUCUGCCAGGAUGCUCCUCUUGAAGCUGGGGGUGAUGGCAAAGAUGUCAAGAGCUUUGGCCCAUGGAAGCUUCUGCCCAUGAACCAUGAGUCUCUUCUCUUAAAAGACACAACAAUUCUUGCCCGCCGUGUUGACUGUGCUCAUUCUGCCUUUUCGAAAAGCCUGAACCAGAAUUUUCUGAAAACCACAACAUGAAUACAAAGGUCAAAACUCUGGAAUGCCUGUCUUGCUGUGGGGCCUUGAACAAGUAAGUUAGCUUCUCUGGGUUCAUGCUGACUUCAGAGAUGUAAAGUUCAGAGAGAAAAAACCCUCCAGGGAAGACCCUGGCAUCAGUGGGUUUCACUACCCUUUUCAACCUUCAUGGCAAUGAACUGGGAGGUUGGAGGGCUUCACCUUGGGCAGGAAGGGCCCUGAGAAAGUUCUGGAAUUCCAGAUGCCAGUCCCAAUCGUGCCACCAACUUUCAGAAUUACUCAGGCUCAGCCCACUAGUCUCAGUUCCCACCUGACCCCUACAGUGCUGACGGUCAAAAUUCCACUGUACCAUGUGGCAGCUGCAAGUCCAGACACUUCCGAGCCUACUAGGGUGCAGGAUAACAGGCCCCCAAGAGCAGCGACCAAGUCUGUAGAGGCUCAGCUGUCCCGAGAUACACAGAACCUCUAACCGUUCCAUGUCUGAUGGUCCCUG